UUAUGGAAUUUGUAAAAUUUGCCCCUAGAUGAGGCAAUUCUUGAAAUGGGGGCCAAAUUGGAAUUGUAACAAAAUAAAGGGAGGAUUGUUCCGAACAGACAUGUCGAACUAGAAACAGAACAAAGAAGAUCUCAAAAAACCCUAGUAAACCCAAACCUCCAUUGCCAAGACAGCAAAUUGCUGUAAGAUUUCUGAUAGCAAAAAUGGGGGAAUCAGAGGCCAAAGCAGAGACAACACUGAAAGAUCAGGGCAAUGAAUUCUUCAAAGCUGGGAACUAUCUCAAAGCUGCAGCUUUGUACACUCAAGCCAUCAAGAAAGACCCAUCAAACGGCACUCUUUACAGCAAUCGUGCUGCAGCAUUUUUGCAUCUGGUUAAACUUAGCAAAGCACUUGCUGAUGCCGAAAUGACGCUCAGUCUGAAACCAGAGUGGGAAAAGGGUUAUUUCAGGAAAGGAUGUAUACUAGAGGCUAUGGAACGCUAUGAUGAUGCCUUAGCUGCUUUCCAGAUGGCAUCAAAAUACAAUCCACAAAGUUUAGAAGUAUCCAAGAAGAUAAAGACACUUGCGCAGUUGGCAAAAGAUAAGAAGCGAGCUGAAGAACUGGAGAACAUGAGAUCCAAUGUUGACAUGGCAAAAUAUUUUGAUAUGUUGAAACCUGAACUGUCUGAGAAAUAUGGAGCUGAAGACGGCAGUAAAGAGAUUUUCUCUUUUCUUGUUGAAACAGUAGAGAAUGCUGUUAAGUCAUGGCAUGAAACUUCAAAUGUGGAUCCUAGAGUUUAUUUCCUUCUGAACAAGGAGAAGACCGACACGGAGAAGUAUGCCCCAGCUGUUAAUAUAGACAAGGCUUUUGAGUCACCCCAUAUGCACAGCAGUUGUUUUCCAUUUCUUCGACAGUAUGCUGAAGAUUCUUUCUCUCAAGCUUCAUGUUUAGUGACACCGAAAAGUAUCAUAUCUUACCCACAGGUCUGGAAAGGUCAAGGAUCGAGGAAAUGGAAGCAUGGACUAAAUGAUGGAUUUUUUGUCCAAUUUGAAUCACCUUUAGUACGGAAGUUGUGGUUUAUCCCUAGCUCCACUGAGAAAGGAAAAAUCUUAUGCAGAGAUCCAGUGCCUUUGGAUAUUAGCGCACAUGAACUUCUUCCUCGUAUAUUCAAGCAAGUAUAGUCGCGGCUAUUGCAGUUCCAUAUCUUGGGUCAGCUUUUUGGGAAUCUUACAUGGGAGAAAAUGGGCUUAUUAUCGAUGAGGAGAAGCAAGCACCUGAUUUUAAGUUUCCUUGCAUUGGGGUCUAUAUUCUCCUUGGACGGGGGCAAUACGGGCAUGCUGUCAGAGUGCUCCGGAGUUCCUGCUUAUCCUUAAAUUGGUGAGGGUUUUGUCAGCUGUCAAGAUAUCAGUUAUUUUUGAAGAUUUCUUAUAGUAGAUUAGAAUUUCCUAGUGUUGCAUGCUUCGUUUAUUCUCAUUUCACUUUCACAUUGUUUGGCUGUUUUGUGCAGCAGUGAGUUUUGGUUAAUACUCUUAAAGUAAUUUUUCCAACCGUUUUCGAAAUGACUCUUGUAUAUUUGCCUGGCUAGAAGUAAUGUUGGUGGUGUUACCUUAUCUUGGUUUCUCACAA